UUUCGCUUUGAGGUUCUGUCAGCGUUCUACAAGGGUUUGGUGCACGCGACCAAGGUUUUCAAUCUCAGCAUCAAGAAUCUUCAAAACAUGACUCCCAAGGCUUUGAUGGGAAAAGGAGUCACUCCGCAGGAAGUUGCUUUCAAAAGGGACUUUGAUGGGGUGAUGAAUAGGAUCACGCAGCUGGGACUGGGUAUCACGACUCAAGACAAUUUCGCCGCGCCCGAGAAUACUCUUCGUAUCCCCCAAGUCCAUGAUUUCUUCGGAUACGAGUUGGGCGAGUAUUGGUUGCAACCAUUUGCGGCACAACUAGAGUACCUCAAGAUCUACGGCAAUAGAGAGGUCUAUUGGGGCUUCUAUCCCGCUGGGAACCUACCGCAUUUCCCUGCUUUGCGGACCUUGAUCCUCGGAGACUACAGCUUCACUAGCGAGAAACAAGUGGAGUGGAUAUUGUCGCAUGCAGACACACUGGAGGAGCUGAUUCUGGAUGAUGCCAUGAUAGGUGUGGCGGUGACGAUAGGAGAG